AUGUCUUUCUUCUUGAAUACAUUUAAGUCCACCCUCGCACUUGUCGGAUUCGCCACCCCACAAGUCGAAACCUCAACCCCCGCUGCGCCCACCUCCAGCAAUGCCAUUCUUUCUGGUGAGUAUAGCCUCUCACCACCUUUGCUAAUUGACUAUUCAGCCGAGGAUCCCUCUUUCACCUCGGACUUUGCCAAACAGGCCCCGGUACCUACAAAUACCGGACACAUUCUCACCGGGAUCCUCCGGCCCGGCCUUAGGCCCUCCACUGUCGUUGACCGAAUGCAAAUCCACGGAUUUCCAAGGACACUGGAAAAUUGGAAGGUUUGCCCUUCCGCCCCACUCUCAUUCAAAUUUAAAAAGGUAAAAGCAAUAAGGAAGGUACAUUUCCGAGAAUAUGACGGGUUCAACCUGCAUAAAUACCGUCCAUUCGACCCAGAGGAACCAGCUAACUCCUGGAUUCCCUUCCAUGAUGCUAUCCUGCAUCAACCCGGCCUGACGCCUGGGAAACGCAGGUCAGGGUCAUGGACUUGUCCCAUUUGCAAGCAACUCUGGACCAAUAUAGGCAACCACCAGACCGAUCCAAGAUCUCCAGCUUGGGAAUGGCGGAGCCCGGUCCUGCCCUGCCCUGAACACCCACGGCCCCUGUCUUUUAGGAAACCCGAGCCCUUUUAUGGAUUGGCUCUCUCCCAGAGGGAGCUAAUUUACAGCAACAAGGAUAAAUACAAGAUCCCAUACAUCUUGCACGGGGGCCUCAUCAAUCCGCCUACGGGACUGGAUCCAGAGGAUGACUCAGAGGUUGAGAGCGCUAGGCUAGGCGAUCUCGGACUCUGA